GUUCGCGCUUCAAAACUAAGAGGAUACCGAGUGGUGUUAACAAGUUCCUUUUGAUUUGUUUGAUUAUAGAUUCAGAAAUAUGUCUUUUGAAAUUGGAGACCUAGUAUGGGCAAAAAUGAAGGGAUUUCCUCCUUGGCCUGGUCUUGUAAGUCAUCCGCCAGAUGGAUUAAUGGACGAAACAUUAUUGAAAAAUGAUGUGAAGUAUUCUUGUAUUUAUUUUUUUGGAACCCACAAUUAUGGGUUCAUUGAACAUGCUCAAUUGAAGGAAUACAUGAGCAAUAAAGUCAAAAUGAGUAAAAUGUCUAAAGCUGCGAAGUUUAAAUUAGCCUGUUCAGAGAUAGAGGAACAUUACCAAAAGAAUAAGAGUACUGAAGAUGAAACAGUAUUAACCAAUGAUGGAAUUGAGGCAGAAACAAAGCCUUCGGGGAUUGGAGAUGAAACCAUUGGCAACCUUUACCCAAGAAUCGAGCUACACAAGCUUCAUGGGAUUGAGGAUUUUCUUCCCAUUUCUGAUAUUCCAAAGAGUGACAGCAGUAAAGGAAAACGAGUUUUACCUCCUACUAAGAAAAUGACGAAAAAAAGAAAAUAUUCCAACUAUUUUCACCCGGAUACCACUACCCCUCUUGAUGCUAUGUGCGAAAUCGCGUGUCAUCCUUCUUCUGAUCCAUUCUCUAAAGAAGAAACCAGUAUUCAUAGCUCUGAUGAACAUAGUGGUGAGGAGGAACAUGAAGAGAAGGAACCGAUGAAUGAUGGUUCUCUUGAUGAAAUGACUGACAUUUCAUCUGGUGAAAUAGCACCCUGUACUAUAAAAAUUGGUUUCCUUGGAGGUGGAAUAAUGGGGAAAACAUUAAUCCAAAGACUCCUACAAGAUGGACAUGAGAUCAUUCUAUGGAAUAGAUCACCAGAAAAAUUGACCGAUUUCCAGAAUAUUGGAGUCAGAAUAGCAACUUCACCUGCAGAAGUUGUUAUAGCUUCAGAAUUUAUAUUCUGUUGUGUGGCUGAUGGUAAAGCGGCGAAACAGCUGAUGUUCAGCCAUGGUGGUGUUAUCAUGCAUAUGACUCCUGAGAAAUCUUUUAUAGACCUCUCAAGUAGUGAUGUACAAUCGUCUUUGGAUAUGUCAGAGGCUGUUUUUUCCAUUGGAUCUCGCUACUUAGAAGUACGUCUCCAUGGUACCAAAAAAGAUGCAGAGAAUGGAAACAUUAUUUGCUUAAGUGCUGGAGAUGAGUCAUUAUACAAUGACUGUCAGUUCUUUUAUCAGUCCUGCAGCAAACAAUCUUUUUUUAUGGGAGAGACUGGCAAUGCCUCUAGAUUAUAUUUAAUAAUCGAGUCAGUGGCAGGAGUUGCUCUCGCCGGACUUGGAGAAUGUAUGGCUUUAGCAGACCGAGCUGGUCUUGACCCAAAAGAUGUUCUGGAAAUCAUUAAAAUUUCACAAAUCAAUUGCCCAUUAAUAGUGGAAAAAGCUACGGCUAUGGUUAAUAGUGAAUAUUCGACCAGCAUGUCAUUGAAAAAUAUGCAAAAUAAUUUACAGAGUGUAAUUGCAAUGGGUGAAGAAAUUGAACAACCAACCCCUGUGACAGCAACAACUAAUGAGAUAUUUAAACACGCCAAGAAAGUUGGCUAUGGUGGACACGAUGUGUCUGCUGUUUUUCUCAGUUCAAAAUUUUAAUACCGUUCUUUUCUUAUUAUUAUUUAAAUUUUAUUUUAUAUUUUGCUAAUAAAAUAUUUACAAAAAUAA